AUGUCCUAAGUAAGCAUAAGAUAUUAAGAACUUCUCUAGCUUUCAAUGAUGAGGAUAGUAUUUUAAAACAAUCUAUCACUGAUAAACAUCUGACAUUUACAUUGACUGCCGAUCAAACAUUCAAAAAUGAAACUGAUCUUCAUAACAUUGUUUCACAAAUCAAUACCGAUCCUAAUUUGUUCAAUUUAUCAAGUGGUCGUGUUUUUUAUUGUCAAAUUCUCAGAAAACAUAUUAUAUCUGAUGAAAAUUAUGACAAAGAAAUUAUUAAAAAUUCUGACGUUUUCGUUAUCGCUUUUCAUCAUGUUGCAACUGAUCAAUCAAGUGACUCAAUUUUUUUAAGUGAUUUAUGUAAUACUUACAAUAGUCACAUGACGUGGUUAGAUGACGAAGAAUCAUUACAAUAUAUUGAUUAUAGUGUGCAUGAGCGUCUGAUCGAUAUGACAUCAUCACGCGAGUUUUGGUGUUCUCAAUUAAAUGGAUACAAUCAAGAAUGUCGAUUGUUACUACCAGUUGAUCGUGAUUGCUUAUACAGUGAUCAACGAUCUGGAUAUGCCUCUAUUGCUCGUACUUCAUUUGAUAGUGAGGUCUCGAUAUCAUUUCUCAAUUAUGCAUCUUCACAUCAAGUCACACCAUUUCAGCUAGGCCUAGCUGCAUUGUAUACAUUUCUUUUCAAGCUAACUUAUAGACAAAAUGAUUUAUAUAUUUCUUGUCUCAAUGCAAAUCGAUACAGAGCUGAAUUACAGAAUAUGGUUGGAAUGUUUGUAUCAACAUUACCAUAUCGAAUUCAAGUUGAUUCUGGCUGGUUAUUUGAUGAACUUGUUGAACAUGUGCGAGAAAAAUGUUUAUCAAUUCUUGAACAUUCUCAUUAUCCACUUCAACAUAUUCUUCGUGAUUUUCAUCUUAAUCAAUCAACUGCUUCUUUUCUUCAAACAGUUUUUGAUUUCACUACUGUAUCUUCAGUUAGCGAUCAAUUCACUUUCGAUGAUGUUAGUUUACAGCCCGUAUUAUUACAACAGUUUUCGGAAGUGGCUAAAUUUGAUUUUUCGUUGACAUUUGUUUACAAUCCAAUCUCGGAUGAUAACAUAUUGUCAUGUGGUUUUAUUUGUUCACGUGAUCUAUUUGAAGAUACGACAGUUACAAAAAUGAUACAAAGAUUUCAAUAUCUUUUUGAACAACUUUUUUUAAUGAAUUUCAACGUUAAUCAGACUGAUUUAGUAGCUACACCUAUUGCCAAACUUACUCUUAUCUUACCAGAUGAAAUGAAUGAAAUGCAACACGUAGCUUUUAACCGUCAAUCAAAUGUGACGAAUGAAGCACCAGCAUCAUUUGCACAAGCUCGUAUAUGGCUUGACGAAAGAAUUCGAUUCGAUCCAGACAAACCACAAAUAGCCAUCUAUAAUAUGCCUUUUGUUUAUCGUCUUCAAUCUGAUCAUACCUUAUCUAUUAAACAACUUGAUCAUGCUCUUCAUCUCACUGUUAACAAACAUCACUCGCUUCAUACAUCACUUUAUUUUGACAUCGAAAAGAAUCUACUUAUGCAACGAGUUAUUACUCAUGAAGAUAAAAAUAAUAAGAACAAUAUAUUUUCAAUCAUCGAAACUACUUAUGAAACAGAUGAACAACUCAAUGAGCUUUUACACGAUGAGAAACGUAAUCCUCAUCUUUUUGAUCUUGCUCAAGGUCUUGUCUUUCGAUGCCAUACUAUUUAUCACAAACAAAUCUCUUCAAAUCAUCUUGCUUCUGACAAAGAUCUACUUAUCUUCAACUUUCAUCAUGCUCUAUUUGAUUUUCCAUCAAUGAACAUCUUUCUUCGUGAUCUCAAUCAAGCAUAUACCACGGAUCAAAUAAUAACUGAUGAUAACACUAAUCUACGUUAUCUCGAUUAUGCUGUUAUUGAACAACAAAUGUUAAUGACUGGUGCAAGUAUGUUUUGGCUGGAUGCUCUUCAUAACUGUAAACUUGAUCAGUCUUUAUCAUUACCAUUUGAUCGAUAUCGUCUCUCAAAUGAACAUCGAACUGGUCGUGGAACAUCUAUUUAUUUUGACUUUGGUCAAGAUCUCUCACAUGACUUUCUCACAUAUGCAUCAUCAAAUAACAUAUCACUGGAACAUCUUGCACUUGCUAUUUAUUUUAUCUUUCUAUGCAAACUAACUAAUGGACAAACAGAUAUAUGUCUGGCUAUGAACAUCAAUAAUAGCCGAUAUAGAGAUGAACUCAAAUCGAUCAUUGGAUUAUUUGAGAAUGUUAUUCCGUUACGAUGUCAGUUAGAUCCACAUUGGUGUUUACAUCAAUUACUCAAACAUAUUCGAGAGAUAACAACAAAUAGUAUGAAAUAUUCAUAUUUUCCACUUCAACGUAUUCUUGAGCAACAACCAAAUAUAUCAGGUCCUGUAUUUCUUGAUACAUCAUUUGAGUUUCUGUCAUCUACGAGAAGAGAUGAAGAUAAUGAAAUAAUAAUUGGUGAUAGUCGAUUCUCUUUACUACCUUAUUCAAUUAAGAUUAGUGAAGAUGAAAUAAUGAGUAAAUUUGAUUUCAUUGUUAGUUUUCAACAUGAUCUACAUCUAAAUGAGUUCUCAUGCACAAUCGAUGCAUCACUUGAUUUAUUUAAUGCUGAAACAAUUUGUAUAACUGCACAGAGAUUUCAUUCAAUGUUAUAUGAAUUGUCUGCAUCUGUGAUUGAUAAUGAAAUAAACAAGCCAAUCUAUGAGUUAUCGUUAACAUUAUCAAAUGAGCAAUAUCUAAUGCAAUCAUUGAAUAAUACACAAAUAUCAUUUUCAUCUCGUCGUACUUGUAUUCAUCAUGAGUUUGUAUAUCAAGUGAUGAAGCAUCCACAAAAACUAGCAGUUGAACUAGAUGAACAAUCAUUGACAUAUUGUGAACUUUUGUAUUAUGUUCAAGUCUUAUCUUUCACUCUUCUAAAUGAAUAUCAUGUGUUUCCAGGUGAGGUCGUAUGUCAAUGUGUUGAGCGAAGUUUGUCAAUGGUGAUUGGUAUUAUGGCGAUUGAAAUGGCUGGUGGUGUUUAUUGUCCAUUAUCACCUCGAGAUCCACAACAUCGUUUGCAUGCACUCACACAACAAACUCAAAGUCGUUUUGUUCUUGUUCAUGGUUUAACAAAGACCAAAUUUGAUCAUAAUAUUGUUGCGCUUGAUAUUGAUUCAUUAUCAAAUAUUAAUAAUAUAGAUGGUGACAUGACUUAUAAUUAUCUGUCAAAUGUGGAAGUGAAAGGCAAAAAAAUAGCUUACAUUAUUUUCACAAGCGGUUCAACUGGAACACCUAAAGCCGUUCGUUGA